AUGAGGUCGCUCCGCCGGGUCCUCGUCCCGCUCGUCCUCCUCGCGGGGCUCGCCCCGCGUGGACGACGGCGGCGCCGCGCUCCUCCCGCCCCCGCCCCCGCGCUCCCCGCGCCCCCGCCCCGCCUCGCGCUUCCCGGAGGAGCUGUUCCGGAGGACGAUGCGGCGGCGGCGGCGGCAUCGCGCUCCACGGACAUCGCCGCCGCGGGGGCGAGCUCCACCGGGAUCGUCGCCCCGGCGUCGCCCAAGAAGCAGAGUCUCCAGGAGCUCUUCGUCCUGCCGCAGCCCAGGCGCCACGAGCCGGCCCGCGCGGUGAGCGGCGAGUCGGAGGCCGAACCCCGCUCCGUGCUUCAGUUUUACGACAAUGGCACAAUUCAGCUUGUGGACCGGUCAUCACAGUCUCCUCUGUGGGAGAUCUCCACAGGGCCUCCGCUUUCAGAUCAAAUUACUACUGCUGAGUCUGGUCUGAAUUACCUCAUAUAUCCUUUGAACGGGAAUGAGGACAUGAACGGGAAUGGGACUGAACUUUGGGAAGUUUAUAAUGGAAACAAUGUGAUGCUUCCGUGGAAACUGGAGGAAUUUGUUGCCAGAAGUCCAUACAUACGGGAUUCUGUUGUUACUGUUGGAUCAAAAGCUUCAACUGUUUUUGUAGUUGAUGCUGACAGUGGUGAGAUUAUUUACAAGCGCAGCAUUCCAGCUGCCUUGAAUGAAUUGGAAGGACCAGGGGUUGAAGGAGCACCAUCCAAGUUAAAUGCUCGUACUAGUGAUGACAGUGAUAAUAUCAUAGUGGUUGUGAGAACUGACUAUUCUCUCAGUGCAUCAGAUCUUGGCAAGCAUUUAUUUAACUGGACGAGAACUUCUUUCACUGCAAACUACUAUGUGAAAUACAACCACCCUGACAUGCUUGAUCAGUCAUCCUGCCUGCGAGGAGAUAUUCCAUGCAUUAGAACUGAGGGUUUGCCACUUGCUUUACCUGAUUCAGAUUCAGCUACUGCAAUUAUCGUGAGAGAUGGGAACCCAAUAAUCUCCAGGGAUGAUACUGAUGCUCUGAAACCACUUAAAACAGCAAAGAAGCUACCAAAAACUGCUGGUAAAUCAAACGUUGUCUUGGAUGAUGCUCAAAAUCAAACCUAUGAUGGUGCUCGAUCUCAUUUUAUCUCUCCUGAUCCUGAAGCUACCAACAAGUCCACUAGGAACACUUAUAGAUGGUUGUUCCCUGUGUUUCCCAUAUUUCUGGUCAUAGGUUCUCUGCUGAGCUUGACUUCUGCAAGCAAGUCAUGUAGGCAGUUUGUGAUUCAGUUUAUGAAGCCAUUGAUGCGUGACAAUAAACCGGUGGACAUUAGAGGCAGGUCAGAGGGAACUCCUAAGAGAAGAAAAACACGGAAGAAAGAUGGGCUUGUCAAUGGCCAUGAGACCUUGUCAGUAUCUGAAAAGGAGAGCAGUGAAACUGGUGGGUCAACUGAGGCACCAGUUAGGGAAAAUUCUGCACUAACAGAUAAGGGGGUCACAGAUGGCCUUGGUGGUCGUCAGAUUGGUAAACUCUAUGUCUCAAAUAAAGAAAUUGGUAGAGGGAGCAAUGGCACAGUUGUUUUUGAAGGAUCUUAUGAUGGUCGUCAAGUUGCUGUGAAACGUCUGCUGCGUUCCCACAAUGAUAUAGCUGAAAAGGAGACUCAGAAUCUUAUUAUAUCUGACCGGGAUCCUAAUAUUGUUAGGCUCUAUGGUUGUGACCAUGACAGUGAUUUUGUUUAUAUCUCCCUUGAGAGGUGCCACUGCAGCUUGGCUGAUCUAAUCCAAAAACACUCCUCUUUAUCUUCUGGAGAAUCUAUUGCUAGCAAUGAAGUUAGUAUCAGCAUCAAGUCAAAGAUUUCAAAUGGUAAGCGAAUAGAUGUGGAAUUGUGGACGCAGGAUGGGCUUCCUUCAGCACAACUCCUGAAGCUGAUGAGAGAUGUGGUUGCUGGUCUUGUGCAUUUGCACAACUUGGGAAUUAUACAUCGUGAUUUGAAGCCUCAGAAUGUCUUAAUAAGCACAGAAGGACCUAUUAGAGCAAAGCUUUCUGAUAUGGGUAUCAGUAAGUUCCUGCAAGAUGACAUGACUUCUGUUAGCCAUCAUGGCACAGGAUUCGGAAGCUCUGGCUGGCAAGCACCAGAACAGCUUCGUCGUGGUCGUCAAACUCGUGCAAUGGAUCUGUUUAGUUUGGGCUGCCUUAUUUUCUAUUGUAUCACUAGAGGCAAGCAUCCGUUUGGUGAGUACUAUGAACGGGAUAUGAACAUUGUAAACAAUCGCUUUGAUCUCUUUGUUGUGGACUACAUACCAGAAGCGGUACAUCUUAUCUCUCAAUUAUUGCAUCCAAAUCCAGAGAUGAGACCAACGGCAAUAUAUGUGAUGCAUCACCCACUCUUUUGGAGUCCUGAAUUGCGCCUUUUGUUUUUAAGGGAUACCAGUGACAGAAUUGAGAAAACCAGUGAAACUGACCUCAUAGAUGCACUGGAAAACAUAGGACCUGUGGCUUUUGGUGGAAAAUGGGGAGAUAAAUUGGAUGCUGCUUUGGUUACAGACAUGGGUCGUUAUAGAAAAUAUAACUUUGAGUCCACUCGUGAUCUUCUGAGGUAUAUCAGAAAUAAAUCAGGUCAUUACAGAGAACUUUCAGAUGAUCUCAAGGCGAUACUUGGGUCACUGCCAGAGGGAUUCAAUCGCUACUUCGCAAGCCGAUUUCCAAAGCUGCUAAUCGAGGUCUACAAGGUCAUGUGGGUGCAUUGCAAGGAAGAGGAAGCUUUCAGUAAAUAUUUCAAUGGAAGCUCGGUAUAGCUGCACGGAGGGGAUUGCCUUUUCCUCAUUGUACAAACUAACACUGAUGUAGCGAAAGUUGUAUGUACAUGUGAUAUGUGUAUACCAUAAUAUCAUAGAAUAAAAAGAGUUCAAUCUGUACAUUAUGUAGCAUAGAACUGUGCUGCCUAUAAAUCAAAGCUUAUUGUUCAUUGUGGCCCUUGGAAGUUGGAACA